ACAGUCAGCUGUUGCCUUUUUCUACACGUGCUGCAGUUGAAUUGUUUUUGAACUCGGGAACUAUCCAAUAUAUGUAUAUUUAAAAAUAUGGAAGAUAAAAUACAAAUAGAGUCCGUUUGCAAUCACAAAAGAGACGAGCACUUGCCCACUAUAUUGAAAUUUCAGAAUGGAUCACUUUUGGGCACCGCCGAUUUUUGUACCGUGGAGAGCACUACGGAUCGAAAGAAGCAAGCACUGGUAGUGGCCGGAAAUCAGGUGUACUCAGGUGACCUGCAGGAUAGCCAAGAAUUCGACACCUACAUCUGCCUGAGGAACAAAUCCACCAACAAAGUACAAAUCGUGCCCGUGCAACAGGCCUUGCUGUCCAAUCACAUUUACAAGGAACUGGAUCGCCAGAAGCGAAAGGUACCCAUGUUGAGCAGGGAGCACGCCAACAAGAAACUGCUCAAGGAGUUUGGUGGACGCAAGGCAUCCCGAUUUGUGGACAACCACGAACAGAUGAAGGUAAACGUGGAGGUCGUGCGUCAGGAUCUGGACGAAACUGUGAAAUCAUCGACUCAGAACGCAGACAAUGAGGAUGAUUCUUUGGCGGAUGUAAGCAUCAGCAACGAGGAAUACCUGGCCUCCAUAGUACCGAAGUUCGACAAGGAGGCCACCGAAUUAAGUGGUGUUUACGAUGUGGCGGAUGUGAUUCCGAGCGCUCUGCUUGAGCGGCUGGACGAGGAGGCCAAAGUGGUGUUCUCAACGCCUGCCCAGACUUUGCCUAUUAAAUCGGAAUACCUUAAGACCUGUUUGGGUCGCAUUCAGGAGAAGACGAGCACAUCCAAGCAAGACUUCCUGCACAUCAAGCUUAUCGUAUACAUGGACGCCUUGCAGUCACUGAUUUCCCUUCGUUCCCGGCAAAUGCAGAAUGUGGAACUCUCUCAGAUCACAGAAAAGAUAGAGAAUGAUAUACGCCAUCGAUUUGCUGAUCCCAAUGUGGCCAAACGCGGAACUCGUACCAAUUUUAGUACUGAAAAGGCGCUUACGCACUUCAUAGUGAUGUCCUUGCUCAUCAGCGAAAAGUACGAGGUGGACAUCAAUGUCCUCUCCCGCGUUUUGGCCACCAGCAAGGAUAAAAUUAAGCAGUACGCUCAUAUUGUGAAUGCCUUGCCGAAAUCCCGUUCAGACAUUCUCAGCUUGCGGCUGCCCAGCAAGGUUCCGGCACUAAAAUUAGCUCGUCGUUUUCAGCGCAAGAAGUAGAAUGAGUUUUCCAAGGUUACCUCCUCCAUCGAUUAAACAAAACCGGAGGCGGGUCAAUAAAGUUUAUUUUAUCCAGA